UCCGAAGCAGAUGUGUGCGGCCUUUCAGCAGCACUUUGCUCGGCUGUUCGGGACGUGUGGUGGGACGGACAACGACACAGACUUCAGUGUGUACCUGGACGUCUUGCUGCAACUCUCGGUGAACGAGGCGGAGUGCUGCGAUUGGUUUCAAAACGGGUGGACGUGUUUUCGAAAGCUCCACCAAGCAUGACGGUAAGAACAGUAAAAUCUAGGCAAGUUCUUGUGAAGAAGAAAAUCUUGGCGGAAGUUAAGAAGAAAAAACAAAAACAGUCUGUGGUAACUAAAAUUGCCGCUCCAGAUGCUCAUAUCAAGUCUGACAACUUUAUUCAUGGUCCAGAGUUUGAUGAUAUUGGCCGGUUAAUACCACACUCUAUAGCUGGAACUUAUGAAGAUUUCUGUACCAUAGCUAUUAAAAAUAAUUUUCCUGUCCCCAAAUGUGAAGAUGUUAUAAGCAGCCCAGAUUUGUCAUCUCUUGACAGCACUAGAUCAUUGCAACAACCAAUGGCCGAUUCCCAAGCACUAUGUAACUGGUUCCAAAGAAAUGCAGAUCAAAGGCAGCAGCAACUUUAUAUCAGCCAACAAAUUCAAAGAGACCCAGUUGAUUUAGUAAUGAAUCGAGGAAAUAGUUUUAAUAACAGGAAAGCCUUGGAAACAGAUUCAUUAGAAUGUCAUUCAACAGUUGCAUUUUGGAAACAACAAAAAAGAUUUGGCGAUGCAGUAAAGGGCAUACAUUCAACCCUUGCUCUGAGUCAAACAUGCCGUGCAGUGUAUGAACAAGUUGGGAUUUCUCAAAUGAUUCAAAAUGAAAAAGGUAUAUUUCAUCCUAACAAUUCAGGGCAAACGGCAGACAAAAACAGUUUUAGAAUUUCCUUACCAAAAUGUAAAAAACUGAACUCUGUUGCGCCAGAUUUCCAAUAUCUUCAAGUGAAGGGACAACAAAUUGAUGGGCUAUUUGAAAAUGUAAAAGACCACAGUAAAGGGAGGACUUCAAAAUUUAUUGCAGAGGAAUUACCAAACACUCCAGAAGAGAGGAAAAGUUCAGUAACUUCUGAAGUUGCAGAUGACGACAGUCUCAUAACUGGUCCAGCUUUACUACUCAACGGUCGACAAGUGAACUGGGUCUUGAACAAUGAGGGCUCACAAGAAAACACUUUGGAAUUCCUGUUCUAUUUUGAAGCACUUCUUGAACAAAAAGACAAAUCUUGUCUGUUUAUUGAGAAUAAUGGUACCACAGCUAUAUUUUACAAGUGGAAAAAACUUGUCAAAGACAACCCGUUCAACCCUUACCAAAGACAACACCAAUAUUUCUAUUUCAAUGAUUCAGAUGGUGUUAUUUUACCAAACCAGACAAUUGAAUUCCCGUUUACUUUUAAAUCCUCCCAAAUUGGGAUUUUCUAUGAAGUGUUGCAGUUUGUCACCCUUCCACAGUUACCCUGUGUCAUUAUAUCGCUACAAGGGAUCAUUAAACCACUGGACACAUAUAGUAACUCCCGGAGUAAUCUAUCGGAAUAUUUAGAUGCCAAAGUGAAAAGCUGUAUGGCAGAGGAGCUUGUUCUGGAUAUAUGUAGGUCAGUAUGUCCUAGGGUGCAGGAAGGUUACCCUGAUGACUUCAAGGUGAAAACCGAAAAGACAUUCAAACUCCAGCACCCCAAUCUGAAUUAUGAUUACAAGGCUGUUUCCAACUUGGCAACGAUAUAUUCUUCUAUUUUCCCAAAUGCUGAGCAAAAUGGAAAGCAUUGGAAUUACUCUGUGAAUGAACUUGUAGAGUACAUUAAUGCAAUGGAUGACAGCGAUGAGAAAGAAUGUUUUCUCUACAAAGUUGAUGAAUCUGUACAUCAGAUGCAAUUUGCAACGGACACCUACAAGGGAAACAACCACUAUUAUUAUGUAUACAUUUUACUAGUGGAUGGAAUGAAUUUGCUAACCAAACAGUUAAAUACAAUGUGGCAAGUGUUUUUACAGCGGCGAUCAUGGGGCACUACCCUGAAAACGUCUGUUGACCAAACUGACUCAGUAGUUACGUAUACGUAUUCUAACACUGGUUUUACCAGUGGGAAAAAACUGGAGGAUUUUCGAAGGAAAAGGAACGGCAAGAGAGUUACAAGUCAUCGGAGAACACUGACAACUGAUAGCAGUUACAAUCCGGAAGUGAUUAGAAUUCGGGCAAAAAAGAUGUACAUAGAGGUCUAUGAUAUAUUAGUCCGGACAAUUGAUAACAUAGAAAAGGUGCUUAAUGAAAUUCAAUCUUAAGAAGAAUUUAUCAGCCAGCAUGACAGAAAAUUACACACACUCUCACACACACACACACACACACACACACGCGCGCACGUGCGCAUGCUCACACAUAACAAUGAUUAAUAAAACUGACAUUUCGCAUUUUUUUUUUUACUCUGAGUCUCACAUUUCUACUUAGAGUAACAAUGGCGUAAAAUCUAAGAGUUUGAAUGUUAUUUACUCUAAAUUCAGUAUUGAGUACACUUUCGUUAUGCUUGUGUGAGUGUGCAUGUGCGUGUAUGUGUGUAUGUAUAUAUAUAUAUAUAUGAAUAUAUAUGCAGGUAUAUAUACAUAUAUGUGUGUAUAUAUACACACACACACAUAUAUAUGAAUAUAUACAUAUAUCUAUCUAUCUAUCUAUCUAUCUCUACAUGUAUGUAUUUGUAUGCCUGUGUAUAUAUAUAUAUAUAUAUAUAUAUAUAUGUGCAUGUGCGGAUAAGUGUGCACGCGCACGUGUGUAUGUGUGUGUGUGUGUGUGUGAUAUGUGUGCUUGUGUGUGUGUGUCUUCCAUCUUUUAAGUACUACAACAAGAUCUUUCUUCUGUUCUUUAAAUUUGAAUUUAUGAAAGAUUGGGCUAAAUAUAUGUAUUACAAUUCAAUAAAAUAUUUCAAUAUUUCA